GGUACUCUGCGGAGUAGCGGAUACUGCAUACUUCUUGGUUGGAAGCUGACGGGCAAAUCAUGAAGCCGGUUGUUUAUUGAGGUUCGUUCCUUUCUCCUUAAUUUCUCGUCGUCGAAAGCCCCGCUGCCCUUUUCUGAACGUGGGUGUACACCAGUAGCACUAAACAGGCACAUUAAAUAAGCGUUGUUUGAAUGGGAUUCAACCUGCAAAGCGUCUAGCCAUACCACGGGAAGCUGCGGUUUACAAUCGGCUGCACGUUUAUUGCAGUGCAAUUGGAUGCAAGGCACUGGAUAACUCGGCACAGGAUUGCAAGCUACUAGAACUGUAGCCACACUGACUUCUGAGUAAAUGUAGAACAGAAACGGACUGCAAGAUCUUCUGUGGUGUGUGUGUGGGGGGGCGGGGGGGAGAAGAAAAAUCCAUCUCCCCGCUUAUUCUACCGUGGAGUAAUGCGACAGAAAGCAAACAAAGUCAUCUAUCAAUCAUUUCAAGUGGAUUUAAAAACUACAGCGCGAUCCCGGCAGGGGAUACAAAUAAUGUUUAAUGUGCAACCCUCUUUCCUAAUCUAAAUAGUCGCGAUCUCCUUUGAGAUGAUGUCACAUUGCGGCCGAGGACAUCUUUUCCGCGAUUAAAAAGAUAGAGCUUAAAGAGCCUUUUUCUUUUUUUGGGCUGAGCCUUGAGACUGAUUUCUCUCGCAGAGGGCGCUGUGUGAGACAAGAGGCCCUCCUCUCGGCUAAAACGUUUCCGGGAUUCAAUUUUCCUAGUUUUCUCCGGCCCACGUGGAAGCUUUUGAACCUCGCAGCGGGUUGCUUUCUCUCGGCUUGGUCCUCUUUUUUUUUUCUGGCAGGCUACGUGGAUGGAUGCUACUCUAUUCUUGGAGAUUAGGGAGAAGAUGAAGAGCGGAUUGCUGAUUAUUCGUGAAUUAAAUCCAGAAAGCUGGCCUGUGGAUAUUACUCUGAUGCCAUCUUUAAUAGAGCUAAAAAGUGCUGAAGCUUGCAGAGCUUUCAGCCUUCCACCAGAGGUCAGGAUUGUGCCUUCUACUUGCCGAGGACUACAAUAUCAGCCUGGGGAAGGCUUACAUAUGAGGCUGCUUGUUCAAGCAGAUUUCAGUACAAAAUUGACAUCAGCUGUUGGUAACGGCCUAAAAUCCAAAAAGAGUUGUACUUUUUUCUGUCAACAUUGUGGGGAGAGUGUAAUUAAUAAUAGGAUAUUUCUCCGGGUUCUUUCACUUCCUUUUGAGAACUGGAGUGAUUUGGUUGACGAAUGGUGUUGCCAUCCUAACCCUUUCAACGAUAGCCUGCUUCAUCCCCAAAUUGAUGACUGUUUCCUUGGACACAAUUACCUCCUGAUUAAUUCAAGAACUGAGUUAUCAGAAACAGAAACUGGAAAGCUUCAUUCAGAGGAUGAGUGGACUACAAGUAGUGAGAGUGUUUUGAAUUCACAGGCAAAUGGUAAAGUAAUUUGUAAGCGCUGCAAGAUGUUGUUGGGAGAAGCUAUGCCCUCAGGUGUCAUAAAAUACUAUUUCACAGAAUUGCUUGUUCAGCCAUCUGAAGACAGCUUUUGCAUAAUACCAAGGUCUUCCUUUAUACAGAAUGUUGUAGCCAGGUGCUUCAUGGAACUCACAUUUUCUAGAAGCACAUUUAGGUUCAGCAUCCAAGGAAUGGAUGGCACAGUCUAUAUCUUGAUCUGGGUAUUGAAUUGUGACACACUGAUGGUGGAAAUGUCAGGAAACCCAGUUUCCAAAAACAUUUUUACAUUACUUGAACCUGAGCUGUCAUCUCCUUUGAGGCCUGCUGAGAUUCAUAAGGCUGUUAAAGUUCUUUACCAUCCUUGUACUGAGAACAGAAACAAGGAUCUUGUUGAUGCAUGGAGAGAAGAUAUUGGAGUCUCUCCCCUGACAUUUCCAUCAAAAACCUGUUUGGAACUUCUGUUGAUACUAUCUCAGAGUAAUGCUUCAUUGCCUCCUUCUCUUCGCUGGAUGAAUUCUUUCCAGGUUGCUUUUCUGAAAAUGUAGCAUGACCUGUAAAGAAAAAA